CUCGCGCCCCACCGGCCGUCGGUCGUCUCGAGCGCUGCUGAAGAAGCUGCUGAAGCACGAGAGGAGCGCGAGAGGAGCACGAGCCAGUCCUCUUCUUCUUCUUCUUGUUCUUCUUCUUCUUCUUCUUCUUCUCUGUAGUUCCGGACUAUUUGAGACAGCAGAGUGUUGAAGUCCAGUUUCUCCUCUUCAUCAGCAAGGUGAGGAAGAGGAGGAGGAGGAUCAGACAGACAGCGGUAUCUUGGCGCAUUGGAGCUUAUGGAUUAUUGAGAAGUGGAGGCCGACACGCGGGUUAAAUAUUAAUAAAGACUUUUUAAAAGAGAAACACACAGAGUGGGCGCGAGCUCAGAUUCCCUGCAGUGAUUCACCUGCCCGCUCCACGCGCUCCCACUGACCACAGACCACCUCACAGCACAGAACAGAGAGCCGGCGCUUCUGCUGCUCCUGUAGGAUCCUGCACCCAGCCUGUGUGUGCAGUGUGUGUGUGUGUGUGUGUGAGUGUGUGUGUGUGUGUGUGUGUGUGUGUGUGUGUGUGAGUGAGUGUGUGUGUGUGUGUGUGUGUGUGUGUGUGUGUGUGUGUGUGUUUGGAAAGGAGCCCCCCUGCUGCAGCACUUGUCUGUUGUAAGGAAACAGGGAUGCCACCGACUUUCUGACGGACUCCCGGUAUAUCUGCGCCCCCUCCCCUCCUCCUCCUCCCCCCCUCCCGGACGGACGGACGCACCGACCCCUGCCAUCCUCACUAAUAUGCAAUGGUUUUUUGUGCAGAAGCCGACAGCUGCCGCGUACCGCCGACUUCACGCUAGCGCCGCCGCAUGCCUGUCCGCCGCUGCCGCUCCUCUCUCCGCGCCGCGCGGCAGACGACGCAGUUUGAAGAGGGGGCUUUUCACGCCGCGGUGGCCGGGCGGCAGCAGCAGCAGCGACCCUUCCUCCGCCGCUGAGGAGCACCGGCCGCUGGGGCAGCCGGAGGCGGAGACCGCGGAGAAAAGCGCUGCAGCGGUUGCUCUUUUCCUGCCGCACGAGGACGACACCGACGCGGAAUACUUGCGGUUGCUGCUCUCUGGGCUCGUCGGGGAACCGGGCGAGAAACCGGGCGACGAGCCGGGCUACCUGCUCUUAUUCUUGUCUAUGGUGCAGAUUGGGGGGCCGAAGCACCGCCGAACUGAGUCCAACACCUGGCCGGCUCUGCUGGCAUGCAAACAGGGGGGCGGAUUAGCCCCCUUGCAAUGGGUGAAUUUUAGGCUGCCGCAUCCGGAGCGCCUCUCGUCCCCCACCUCCUCUUCCUCCUCCACCUCCUCCUCUUCCUCCCCUGUCUCGGCCAAAUCCAUGCGGUUUAUUUGGAACAACAUUUUCAGCAAAGGAUCGCAUAUGCUGCAGUGUCUUUGUGGCAGGAGCCUCAAGAAAAACAAGAACCCAACUGAACCACAGCUGAAGGGCAUAGUAACCAGGUUGUUCUGCAGGCAGGGCUUCUAUCUCCAGAUGGGCCAGGAUGGAAGUCUGGACGGGACCAAAGACGACAGCACCAACUCAUCUCUGUUUAACUUAAUUCCUGUGGGUCUGAGAGUCGUGGCCAUCCAAUCAGUCAAGACCGGCCUCUACAUCGCCAUGAACGGGGAGGGUCACCUCUACUCAUCGGAACUGUUUACAGCAGAAUGUAAGUUUAAGGAGUCGGUGUUCGAGAACUACUACGUGAUCUACAGCUCUAUGCUCUACAGACAGAAGGAGUCGGGCCGGGCCUGGUUUCUGGGCCUCAACAAGGAGGGACAGGCCAUGAAGGGGAACAGGGUGAAAAAGACCAAACCAGCUGCACACUUUCUGCCUAAACCUAUAGAAGUCGCGAUGUAUCGAGAGCCUUCGUUGCACGACGUAGGGGAGGCGGUGCCUAAAAUCGCUGCUGUGGGCCCGCCUUCCAAAAGCACAACCAGCGAACCAGUGGUCAUGAACGGCGGGAAACCAGUCAGCAAACCUGACAAGGAGGAAACAUAACCCCGCCCCCUCUUUCGGCCCCCCACUGCUGCACAAUCAUAAACUGCAACAAAAGGUAACAAAAGAAGUUCUGACUGGUCAGCAGUGGGGCAAGUCCCGCCUCUCGUCUCUCCCUAUUGGAUGGAUCCAGCAUCACUGGGGGGUAGGGCCGGAGGGACAGAUUGUGCGGCUUGAGGCGGGGGAAGAGGAGGACGAAGACUCAGGCCAAUGCUAGCCAGAUAUUCUGACACGGGACUAUGGCGUGUGGACUUCUUCAAAAUAGAAACGAAAGAAACAGAAAAUGGAACAAAAUGUCGUCUUCGCCCGUUUUUUUCUGUGACAAUCUGUAAGAAUGAGGGCCCCCCGUUUUUUUCCUUUCCCGA